CCCGCGCAGUGGACGGAAGUGCACUAUUGGUUUUAUUUUGAUUCAUACGAGCGUUGAUCUCUUCGGAUAAAAUUACGUAACCCUCGACAUCAGCGUAGAGGGGUUUAUCUCGGGUGUACGCAUCUCCUCGGGAGCGUUUGACGGUACAUCUGGAACUGUGGAGGCUGUUUUUUCAACAUAUUGGCCGGAGCAGCGUGGGUAAAGGUGGGCCUUGCCCGGAUAUCUGUCUAACAAGCGAACCAAAACCGAUCCGGUACCCACAUCAAAUUAACAAGCAGUGUUCCUGGCAGGUUUAACUAAUCUAGAGACUUCAUUCGGAGACCGUUUGGACUGUAACACACACUAGCCAAAUGGCAGAUAACCUAAGCGAGGCCCUGAAGACACUGAAGCUCUCAACGGCAGACAACGCUUCAGACAGUGUCGAGGGCUGCUUGGACUGCCUGCUCAAAGCUUUGGCCCACAAUAAUAUUAAGGCUAGUGGGAAGAUCCAGGAGAUGGGUGUUCUUCCAAUGAUGCCCUCUCUGUUGUCUGCACAGAACUCGUGUACGGCAAAAGUAGCAAACGUCAUUGCAGAGGUGGCCAAAAAUGAAUUCAUGAGGAGCCCAUGUGUGGAAGCAGGACUCAUUCCUCCACUGGUUCAUCUGCUGAACUGUAAAGAGCAGGAGAUACUACUGCAGACAGGACGAGCCCUAGGCAACAUCUGCUACGACAGCCAUGAGGGCAGAAGUGCAGUUGACGCAGCGGGUGGUGCUCUGAUAGUUGCCGAGCACAUUAAAGCUCUGGCCGAAAGCACUGACCCCAACACCGGGAAGCUCUUGACUGUCUUUUGUGGCAUGCUGAUGAACUAUAGCAAUGAUAAUGAUUCAUUGCAGGCACAGUUGAUCAGCAUGGGUGUGAUUCCAAUACUGGUGAAACUGCUGGGCGUUCACAAUCAGAACACAGCGCUCACAGAGAUGUGCCUCAUUGCCUUUGGGAACCUGGCAGAGCUGGAAUCAAGUAAAGAGCAGUUUGCCUCUACGAAUAUUGCAGUGGAGCUUGUUAGAUUGUUCCGUAAGCAGGUUGAACAUGAGAAGAAAGAGAUGAUCUUUGAGGUGUUGGCACCACUGGCUGAGAAUGAUGUGAUCAAGCUUCAGCUGGUGGAGGCAGGUCUGGUGGAGUGUCUGCUGGAGGUGGUGGCUCAGACAGUGGACAGUGACCGGGAGGAGGACGUGGCUCAACUCAAGACCGCAUCAGAUCUUAUGGUGCUUCUACUGCUAGGAGAUGAGUCGAUGCAGAAGCUAUUUGAAGGGGGCAAAGGCAGUGUGUUUCAGAGGGUUCUAUCAUGGGUGCCCUCCAACAACCACCAGCUCCAGCUAGCAGGAGCACUCGCCAUCGCUAACUUUGCCCGCAACGAUGGGAACUGCAUCCACAUGGUAGAUACUGGUAUUGUACAGAAGCUUCUUGAGCUGCUAGACAGACAUGUAGAGGAGGGAAAUGUCACAGUGCAGCAUGCAGCUCUCAGUGCCCUGAGGAACCUGGCAAUCCCAGUGGUCAACAAAUCCAAGAUGCUCUUGGCUGGUGUGUCGGAUGUAGUGCUGAAGUUCCUCAAAUCUGAGAUGCCACCGGUUCAGUUCAAGCUCCUCGGAACGUUACGGAUGCUCAUCGACACACAGGCUGAUGCAGCAGAGCAACUGGGGACAAACACAAAGCUGGUGGAGCGAUUGGUGGAGUGGUGUGAAGCAAAAGAUCAUGCUGGAGUGAUGGGAGAGUCCAACCGUCUGCUGUCCGCUCUCAUCAGACACAGCAAGUCAAAGGAUGUGGUUCGAACAGUUAUACAAGGUGGAGGUGUUAAGCACUUGGUAACCAUGGCAACGAGUGAACACAUGAUCAUGCAGAAUGAAGCACUGGUGGCCUUGGGUCUCAUAGCAGCACUAAACCUGGAUUGCGCAGAAACUGACUUUGUUGGCUCCAGUCUGGUGCAGGUUCUUCACAAGCUGCUGACGGAUGAGCGCAGCGCACCAGAGAUCAAAUACAACUCCAUGAUUCUCAUCUGCUCCAUAAUGGGAUCUGAGCCUCUUCAUAAAGAAGUGCAGAGCUUGGCCUUCAUCGAUGUGGUCUCCAAUCUGCGCUCGCAUGAGAACAAGACGGUGUCCCAUCAGGCCUCUCUCACAGAGCAAAGGCUAACCGCACAGAGCUAAAGGACUCUUACACUCCAUUUUCUCCCUGCCUGCCUUCCCUCCCUCUGCACAAACAUACAUCCUCCUCAUGAUCUACUCUCGUUGUCAUGUGCCAAGCUGUUGUUCCCUCCUGCUACAGACCCCGCUACCCCACUGUUUGCUCAAAACAUGCAGUGAUGCAUUAUUCAAGGGCGGCCAUACUUUAUAUACAGCUUGUGCAAUAGAUUCAAUAGCAAAAUACUUUUUAAAAGACCAUAGCUGUGAAAAAAAGCUGGUAUGAAAACUAUUAACAAUAGAAAAAAUGAAUGGAAUUAGUGCAGUUGUGCUUUCAUGACAUGUAAAAUCCCAUAUUCCAACCAACUUGUGCAUGUUUUUUUUAAUUGUCCAGUUGUCGAUGUAUCUGUGUUCAGCCUUUCAAGCCACACCCAUGAUAAGCCCCAGCUCAGCCCCACCCACUUCUCCUGCUUUAAUCCUUUUGCAUAUAUGAGUAGAGAUCAACAUGUGUUUGUACUGUAUUGGGGACCUCUGGACCAGCUUGGACCUUUCAUAUUUUCCCUCCUGGUCCCAGUGUCACCUAUGUCCAUGUCUAUGGAGUUACUUUACUGGAAAGAGCUAAUUCCAUAUAUCAUCAGUCUGUUGCAUUUACAAAAAUGGAUUAUUACUAUCAUUUGGAUGUAUGAGGAAAUAAUUUGUCUUGGUACCAAGGACUAAAGUGGAAGUGUUCUACAUAAUGCCCGGAGAAACAUGCAACACCUCAUCACACCAGUCCAAAAAGAAGUGACAUCAUGAAAACACAAUAUCACUAACUUGAAACACACGCAUGACUGCCAAUAUGCCAUCGGCACACAAGUACAGUAGCCUCCUGGGUUUGCUAACGAAGUGUGUUACUGACAUGUAAGGGCUGGGACAGGUUGUUUUGUAUGUGUGUGUAUCUGUAACAUAAUGGGAUAACUACUUCACAUAUCGCCACACUUAUACUGAGUAAAGGAACCUAAUAAUAAUGUUUCAGAAUACACACUCUUUGUGAAUGUUUGAUGCAUCUUUUUAUUCGAGAAAAGUGUCUUUUGUGCAUGUUGAUCUGCCUGUCCUCCUUCCCACUCUUUCCAGUAUCGUGGAAACAUGCGCCAACCUGCAUGUCCGAUACUGUGAAAAUCACCGUUAUGUGGUCAUUUUAUGUCAGGUAAAUCAGUUCUUAUCUUAUUUGUACCCUUGAGGAACCACAUGGCAAUCCAGUAUAUCUACAGUAACAACCUUUAGAAAUGUAAACUGAAAUAACUGUUGUAAAUGUCAUUGAAUUGUACAUUUGAAAGAUUUAAACUUAUUAAAACAGUUGCUGGUGACACAUGUGCUGUUAUGAUUUUGA